AUGCUUUGGCGAAGAGCAAGCUUGGCAAUUUCGGCAAUUAGGAAAGAAUCUUUGGAUGCAAGAGCGGCGGAAGUGCUGAAUAGAUACAGAAACACGAAGGAUCCGGAACUUCGCCAGCAAAUUCUGAAGAGAGAAGAAAUCAAACUCGAACGAGCUCAAAAAAUGGGGAAAGAUCGAAUUAUCGUGAAGGAUGAGUACCGAAAAUUCGAGUGGAAAUUGGAAUCGAAUCAAAGAAAAUUCGAGCCAUUUGAGGACGAAGUUCUGAUUGAAGCGGAAAUUGCUGGGGAUGAAUAUUCGCAGCAAAUGAAGAGUGUCUUCAAAGAAGCUGAUGAAAAAUACUACUGUCGCGUUAAACUCGCCGAAGCCGCCCUAGAAGAACUCAAAGAACUCUGCCCUUCGCUGAUCCCUGCUCCGCAUAUCCACAAAGAUAUGGUCGAAAUCAAAGGCCCAGAUUUUUCCCUUCCAGUUGACGAUUUCCUCACGAUGAAAGCACCCCUUGGACAAGCAAAUUUAUACGAAACGAAUUCUUAUAAAUCAAAAUCGAAUUCUGAAUAA